GCUUAUUGAGGAAUGAUGAGUGAGAUUUGGUUGGUCUUUGUCAGGGGAGUUGGGCUGAGCGAUGUCCUGUUGUGCAUUUGUUUUUAUUGAUAUCGAAAAAUAUGACUCUGAAUGAACUAUGUGUUGAGCAUUCCAUGCAUCAAAUGAGUAGACAUCGUAAAAUCAGGGCCGAAGUUGACUUGUAGAAAAUCCGUUGAUGGUCAGAAUUUUAUGAAACGCGUGGCCAAGCGAAAUCGCUCGCAAACAGGUGGUCUUGCCUUUCUUAUACCCCGGCCUUGUCGUUCAGCCUCGUGGCCCAACUAUCAAUAUGGAGUAAAGGCAUGGUCCAGUUGUCACAUCGCAUGCAGCUCAUAUGAGUAUAUAUAUGCCGGGAUUGCGAAAUCCCCGAGCUGCACGUCCGGCAAUGUCACCACACCAUCAUCAACGCCAAUACAUAAUACAGCACACAUGGCAAUCCCAAUACAUGUACAUUGCGCAUCUCAUCUCAGCCUUGUGACUCAAAAACAAGACCAUUUUCAUGUGGUCCUGAAACGCCCACUCCUGCUGAUCCCGCGAUGGACACAAUUUUGGGACAUGGAUCCCUGUCUCCUCUGUAACCAUAAGUACCAGCCAAGCUGCCGCUCAUUGAGAAUGCUUAUUGAGGAAUGAUGAGUGAAAUUUGGUUGAAUGAAUUCCGAAUCCUUUGAGGCGGGUACUCCGUAUUCCUGUGUUGGUCAGGCAUCAUGGUAUCGGAUAGUCCGGAUGAGCCACACCACAGCCAAGACGGCAUGGAGAUUUCAGAUUCCAAGUGAUGGAGAAAUAGACACUCCGAUCGUGAUCUAUCAAUCUCCCAUCCACGGUAGAUAACCAAUAGAACUAUGCUCGGAG